CACCUGCUUGCUGCUCUGUUUGUGUUUCUUUGCCCACGCAACGGGGUCUCUUGCGCAGCCCCUUGGGCAGUUGCUGGCCGGCGCCUUCGCUGUGGCCCUCCUUACCCCUGCUUGCCUCUUGUUUGGUUGGUUUCAGCUCUCGAGUUCGGCCACAGCUGUGCUUGCCGUCUUUCACAAACGGGGGCGAAUGCACGAUGCGGGUUACAUCUUCCUUGUGACGCCUGUGCUGCUUGGCGGGCUUAUUGUGUUUGCUUGCUCGUGGCUGAUGAACAGCCUUAUACCAUGGCGACCAUCCUAUCAGGUUUGUUGGUGA